GUACUGUACAUGUACAUGACAGGAUACACAGAACAACAACGAGCUGGCAUGUAGUUUAUGGAGUUAAUCUCUUUAUCAUGAAGUCAAGCGGUGGAUUAUCAGAUGAUGAAGAAAAGAUUACUGCUUUGUCUUGGAUCUACGUCUCGACCUUGAGUUUAAGUCUGAUAGGUAGUUGUUCUGUGGUGGUGGUGUCCAUUAUAAAGAGAAGGCAUCUCAAUGAACAGACUAAACCUCUUCUUCAGCUGGCCCUGGCAGAUUUCCUGGCGUCGCUUGUUUUGAUGUGCACUGCCAUAAUUAAUUUGCCUUAUGAAAUUUGGCCACUCAGUGAAAAGCUCUGCAACCACGGAUUGCCUUUGUCUCUGGCCUUCUACUGCGUCUCGUUUCUGCUUGUCAUUGUUUAUGCCUGUGAGUCAGCACUUGCGUUUCAAGGAUGGAGAGAAAAAGCAGAGCAAGAAGCAUUUGAAAUCCAGUUAUCACGCAGGAGGAGGAGAUUUUGUCUUGUCUAUGUAAUUGCAUGGCUUGUACCAAUAAUUGGAUACCUCGUCUAUAUUAAUACCUUCAGAGUUAUGGAAGCUAUUCUCGUGCCAGCAAAUGAACCAGCCCAGAUGUCUGAUAUGACACACGUCAGCAGGGUGCCCUCCGCCAGGUUCUGUGGCAGCUGCAUUCUCUUCCUGCAUCUCACAAAUGACUCCUGCACAACAGUGGAUCAGGUUCAUGCCGAGUUCAUUCCUGUUUUCACUCUCAGCAGUGUGUUGAUCGUCAUCAUCAGCUGCACAGUGGUGUACUGUAGGUUACAAAGCUGUUAUAGGCAUUAUGAGAACACAAGCAUGUUCACAAUGUCACAGAGACAUCCAGGUGGGAUUUGGUCCUCGGCUCGAUACAUGAUCCUUGUUAUCAUUUUCUGCUGGGCACCAGCUCUGGUUCUCAUCUGUCUGUCCUUCGCACAAUCUCAGAUAAAACAUAUAUUCCCCCUCUAUGUUAUACAGGCGCUGUCAGUGUCACUCCAGGGUUUUCUGAACAGUAUUGUGUAUGCGUGGAGACGACGCAAUUUCAGAGAUGCUGUGCUGGGGGAACGUCUGCCUCUCAUGGCUUAUUCAAACAGAGCCUUCUUUGAACAAUCAUUAAAUGAGCCAUCAUGAAAUCGCAGUAUGAAAUCAUGUAAAUGUUAGUGUGUAUC